UAUAAACGACAUGUCGUAUGCAAUAAUGGGCUACGAUGCCGUGCUCAGGAAACGACAGUAGUAGAAUCGCCGUUUGCAGCGCGUGGGUAUGACGCACACGCCGAAGGAGACCAACCAACCAACCAACCAGGCUCGCUCCACUCUAACGACUGUGGGUUUCUUCAUCUGAGACAAGCUGGGCGGAGUUGGAGAGAGAGAGAGACUGAGGCCAUCACUAUCCCUAAUGCUCCACGCUCAGACCUAAACCCUAAAUCGGUCUCUGCCUUCUCUCUUUCUUUCUCCACGCCAUGGGCAACGGUUCCUCUAUGCUCACCCAAUACGACAUUGAAGAAGUCCAACACCACUGCAGCAACACAUUUUCGCAGCAGGAGAUCGUCUCCCUGUACCAGAGAUUCUGUCAGCUUGAUCGCAAUGGCGGAGGUUUCGUCUCCGCAGAUGAGUUGUUGUCUAUACCUGAAGUCGCUGUCAAUCCCCUUUCUCAGAGAUUGAUGGGGAUAUUGAAUGGAUUGAACUUCAAGGAAUUUGUGGCAUUUUUGUCAGCAUUCAGUCCUAGAGCGACCCAGCAACAAAAGAUUGAGUUUAUCUUCAGAGUAUACGAUUCUGAUUGCAAUGGAAAAGUCACAUUCAGUGACAUAUUGGACAUAUUGAGGGAUUUGACUGGACAGUUUAUAUCUGAGCAACAAAGGGAGCAAGUGUUGACUCGUGUCCUCGAGGAAUCAGGGUAUGCAAAAGAUUCAACAUUAGGCAUAUCCGACUUCACAAAGGUUCUGGGAAACACUGGCAUAAAGAUGGAUGUUGAGGUUCCGAUCGACUGAAGAAAAAGAAAAAGAAAAACCGAAAUUUAGCAUGAAAUCGUACUCUACCAAUUCAUUUAGAGGAUAAUUGCAUAAUCAUCUGGUGUAACUUGUAAGCCUUUAUGAUUAUAUAUUGGCUGUAGUUCAACCUGUUCAAUAACAUGGUUUUGUUUGUGGAUAACUUCAAGCUGUUGAGUAGGGACAUUUUUAGAUAAUUGAUACAAUUAUUUAACUUAAACUCAACCCCAUGUUUUCCAUUGACUGCAGCCGAAUAGGCUUAUUCAGAAAAAGAAAAAAAGAGGCAUUUUUUGAAA